AUGGACGACUUCAUCUACCAAGAGGAAGAUACGCUGAUCCCAAGCGAUGCUCAGAAUGCUUCUAUAAUCGAGGAUGACGAUCAAUACACUUAUCGAUCCUUGACAGACUCCCAAAAGACCCUUUUAGCAAGCCUUCCGAUUCCUUCCGCAAUUCUCAGCAUCGUUGGUAGCUCCAUCAUUAUCUUCAUGGCCUAUCUUUCGAGAAAAUCAAGACCAUGGACUCCCUACAAUCGUUUGCUUGUUGGAAUGAGUGUAUACGACAUUAUAACCUCGAUUGCUCUGGCAUCCGCUGCGUUCCUGAAUCCCACGGAAACAUCCACAAAAGCUUGGGCCAUGGGAAACGACUCGACGUGUUCGUUAAUGGGGUUCUUCAAUCAAAUAUCCUACAGUGGGACCUUUUACAAUGCCUGUUUGUCCUUUUACUUUUUAUUCACGGCACGCUUUGGAAUGAAAAAUGACCAGAUUACUCGAAAGAUCGAACCAGUCAUGCAUGUACUCAGUGUGGGCUAUCCGCUGAUAACUGGUGUCAUUGGACUUGUUCUAGGAGUAUAUGCCGAACCAGAGGUGGGGCUCGGAUGCUGGGUCAAUAGGUACCCGAAACGAUGUGGAUACGGUCCAGAUGGUACCGACGAGCCAUGUCUGUCGGGAAUGGUCUCUUGGAUUUUUGGAGGCUGGGUCGCCAUUGGUACUUUGAUUGCGUUGGUGAUCAACAAUUUGAUCAUUUGGAUAUUUGUCCGUCGGCGGAUCCACAAGGGUAUGCAGAUUAGCACUGCUACUGCACUACCACGAGCACUAUCUACCAGCGGGAAAUCCACGGCAGCAGGAUCAUCCAUGGGGGAAUAUGUUAUCGAGGAAGACAAAAGUACAGCUCAUUUAUCCUUUGCCUCAUCACUGCGGACCAACUACAAAAGAUCCGCAUCUCAAAACAGCCUCUCGAUGAACCAAGACACACGAGCGGCCCAACGGAGAAGGUUGCGACUCGUCAGCACACAGGCCUUUUUGUUUGUGGCUAGCUACAUUGUCAGCAAUGCAAGUACCUAUAUUUUGAGACUGUUCGAAAGCAUGGCCACGGAGUAUGUCUGGGAAAUGGAGCUUCCCUACAACAAUUUCAUCUUGUUGGUCUUGCAAGCCAGUUUGCUACCUCUCCAGGGGCUAUUCAACAUGUUGGUAUACAUUCGACCAAAGUACUUGAAGUCAAAAGUCGAUUUUCCAGAAGAGUCCAAGAGUUGGGCCUUUCGUCGUGCCAUUUGGGGUUCCAAGGUGGAGCCGAUUCAGUCGAUGCAUGCUGGAACACUAGAUAUCAAGCGUGACAGCAAAGGUAAUAAGACGGCACGUCCACAUCAAGCUUUGGGCAAGGAUAUGAUAUCGUCACUGACCAAUGGGAGUGGUGGUGCUAAGGAGGAGGAUGAGGAGGAAGGAGUGGACAACGAUGAGCAUGAGACGGCGAGAGAACGUCCAAAAUCGUCACGUCGAAAGUUUAUCACAAGUGGUUCGAAUAGUCUUGAAGUCAUUAGCGAGAUCGGAGAAGACUCGUUAUCAGUCUCUUCUAGGAAGGCACCAGUCGAUCGAAGUGUGAUGAAAGAUCCAACGACAUCCAAAAGUUCCGUCAACAAGAGUGAAUCUGCAUCCAUUUUGAUGGAUGGAUCCAUACUACAAAGCCCGAGAAAGUCUUGA